CUCUCCGAAGCUGAAUCAGCUCAAGCUUUUCGCACAGGCUCAACCUUCGCCUUUGUGUGGUGGUAGCCCGCCUCGCCUGCUCCAUGCAUGUCGAUGUAUUGGUGCACGCUCCGCCGUCCUCUCUUCUCUGCUGCUCAGCGCUGUUCGUUCGGUUCGGGAGAAAAACAAAACGGGAAUCACCGCCGUCGCCGCAAGGAGGUCCACAUUUCAAUACAUCUCCAAACGUCGCCGAGUGUGGAGUCCGCGGUACGCACGUUUUUCUCCCGUUUUCAUUCGCUUUUGAGAUCAGUCAGUUCGUUGUCUCGUCGGUCGGUAGUGCGGUUCCAUUUGGACCAGGCGGGUAGUGCUUUUUCCUUCAUUACUGGCUUCGGGUGUGAUCGUGACCUGAUCCAUUCUUCCUGCAUCGACGAAGGGACUUUCGGAAAGUUUCGGUGAAAAGUGUGCAGAUAUCGGUGGGUGCACUUCAGUGCAUAAGGAGUUUGAAGGCAUUUGCGUGGCGAUCACUGCAAGUGAUCAGUGAUAGUGUCCGAAGAUAUAGUAGUGAUUAGUGUGUGAUCCCUGUAGUCGGAGUGUCCUUUUUUAGCAGCCCCAAUCCAAGGAAACGACGUAAAAGAUAACCGCUAGUGGUGGCCACAGCAGCUACUGCCCCCGCUAGGGUGGUUCACCAUGACCACUCUAAUCCCCACGUCUCAACCCACCGGGGUUGAGGCGUACGAGGACAUGUUCAAGGAGAUCACCCGUAAGCUGUACGGGGACGAAUCCGGCCAUGGCCUCUACCCACACAACACCCAGGUGGCCCAAGUGGCCCAGCUGGCUUCGGGUGCCCCAGCGGCACCCGAAGGAGGCGAGCGGUCCUUUACAACACUGGUAUCGGAUCGCAGCACGGCGCAGAUCGAUUACGAAAACAACAUUACCACCGUAACCAUUCAACAGCAACAGCAGCAACAAGGUGGUCAACAACAACAACAACAGCAACAAUCCGGAGGGGGCUUCAAAUCCGAAGAGCACCUCACGACGGCCUUCGGGUUGGCCGCGCUCAUGCAGAAUGGAUUCCCUCCGCCGGGUGCCAUCCUGAAUCCGGUCAACUUUCCGGUCGGCGCCACGCUGAAACCAAGCACAAAUAUCGCCAUAGCCACGACAGACGAUCGCUGGCAGCAACAAACCCAACAGUCCCAACCUCAAGACCAGCAGCAGCAACAAUCGGUUGGAGGCCAGGAGCAAACCUGGACGCCCAAUGGCAAACAGUCCUCGUCGUACUCCCAGAAAACGUUCAAGAAACCCAAGAUUGAACCCCAGGACGGUUCCCCGACCGGAGCCGGAGUCAGUACCCUAAACAUUCCCCAAACCGGAAGCGACAAGAACAAGGCGAACUUCGGUUCGGCCGCCGUCGGAGCAGCCACCGGAAAACGCUACAGCUGCACCUCGUGCCCGUACACCACUGAUCGUCGAGAUCUGUUCACGCGCCACGAAAACAUCCACAAGGAGGAAAAGCCAUUCCACUGCUACGCCUGCCUGAAGCAGUUCAACCGGGCCGAUCACGUCAAGAAGCAUUUCCUCCGGAUGCACCGCGAUAUGGAGUACGAAAUCACAAAGACCAGGAAGUCGGUCGGCUCCAAGAAUAACUAUUACAACAAUGUUUCGGUCAGCAGCGCUGCCAACACAGUUCCGGUCUCGGCGACGGUUACUCAAUCGUUGGUCUCCCAGCCCGCUACGAUCAUCCAGCAGACCAGCAACACUCUGAACAUUCCCACGGCAACGUUCCCAACGCAAAUCACCAUUCCCACCCAUCACACGCCAGCCAUCGAGCACAACACAGUAAGCCAUGACAUUACCACCUUGAACGGCGUUGUUCAUCACGUGACGCAGCAACAUCAACAACAACAGCAGCAGCAGCAGGCCGUGCCACCGCCACAGCCGCAGCCGCCGCACCAGCCUACUCAGAUCAUCCUAUCCGCCCCACCGAUUGUGACCAUCAAGCAGGAGAAGGGUGGUGCCAUCACCACAACGACGACUACGGCAGCGGCCGUGGCAGCGGCCACCGCCAUUGUCCAGAAUACUCAACCGCGGGACAUUGUGGACGAGAUACCGAGCGUCGACGACAAAUCGCUCGUGAAAAAAUUGAAGGGCGAGAAGCGGUUCAGCUGUUGCUACUGUCCGUGGACCGGUGCCGACAACUGGGGUCUCAAGCGCCACCUGAACACCCACACGAAACCGUUCGUCUGUAUGCUGUGCGACUACAAGGCGGCCCGCUCCGAACGGUUGGCCACCCACGUGUUCAAGGUGCACAACAAGAAGGCCUGCAACAAGUGCACCUACUUUGCCGAGGACCAAGAUCAACUCAACACCCAUCUGCUGGAGGCGCAUCCCCACGAUGCAAGCAAACCACAGCCCAAAACUACGACGGUUGUGAUCAGCGCAAACAAUGUCAAUAGUGGCAACAACGUGGUUGGAAGUAUAACUCAGAACACGUCCACUCCCGUAGUGGUUACGGCCACAGCACCAACUUUGAUACCUCCUACCAGCAGCAGCAUCACGGUGGGAACGGGCAAUGUGUUGCGCAACCUGGGUAAUACGUUCGUUACCAACACCAACAUUCCCGGAAGCGUCAGUGGGAAUUCCUCCUUCGGGACGACCGCCAACACCAACAUCUAUCACACGAUCACGACCUCGGCGACAACGGGCAACAUCCUGACCAACAGCAACGCAUCGAACCUGAUCGACACGAUCAACGCCCAUCUGGCACAGCAGCAGCAGCAGCAACAACAACAGCAAACGGUAGUGACCAACAACGUCACUUCCGGUGUUAGUGGUGGUGGUGGUGGUACUAUUAUUAUCAAUCCGGGAAACGGAAUAGGUGGAGGGGUAACGCAGGUAAUCUCAAAUGGCCAGCAGCACCACCUCCACCAGCAAUCUCAGCAACAGCAGCAGCAGCAACAGCAAACACAGCCAUCAUCACAACACCAUCAAUCAUCACAAUCUCAAUCACAACCUCAGCAGCCGCAGCAGCAGCAAACAACCCACCACUGGAUAGCAAAGGUCAACCGAAAACGGGGAGCUGAGCUCCUCUAUAGCUAUCUGGAGGCGGACGGAAGCGACUCGGAAGAUUAUGCCCGCUUACUUAACAUGCAGGCAAUCGGGCGCAACAAAGCUUCCGUCACGCAGGAUUUUCAUAACGCGGGAGGCGGAAACCAGCACCUUUUCAGCAACAGCCACGGCGGCAGUAUUAACGGCAGCCGAACGAACAAGCUAUCGCUCCUGGUAGCGGCAUCCUCUUCGUCGGCCUCCUGUUCGCCAACGGGAUCGCCAUCGCCACCGCCGACGAUGGUACUACCGGCUGAUUGCUACACCACAGCAAGCCAAAAGCACCAAAAGCUUCCCAUCGCCAAUGGGAUGGCCAUGGCCAACCUGACUGAGGAGCAUCUCUCGUUGCUCCAACUGUUGGCCACGGCUGCCGUUGCCCAGCAACACCUGCAGCAACAACAACAGCAGCUGCAGCAGCAACAGCUGAAAGCGACGCCAACUUCGAUUAGCACUUCGCCUCCCGCGAAUCAUCCUCACCAACAACAACAACAACCGAACCACCACCAUUACCACCAGAAUAGUACAAACAACGUGACCAGCGACAACGGUUCCAAGCGACGUCGCAAGAGUAGUUCCCGUAACGACAAAGAGAACCUGGUCCAGCGCCAUCCGGCCAUCGUUGGCAAGGUCAUCGAUCUGACCACUAGCGCCAAUAACGGCACCACAGCAGGUCCCGCGGCGGAUAACGGAAUUGAACGAAACAACAACAACCACAAUGGCAGCAGCAACAAUAACAAUAGUAGCAUUAACAAUAAGAAUAUAAACGAAGCUAUUUUUGAUAGAGUGUAUAAGAAACCGUACAAUAUGUUUUUAACGAGCGCGUUCUGCAAACCUACUUCGAUCGUCGAGAAGGAGAAAGCGACGCCGGCGGCAGCGGUGCCCAAGGAUGAGAACUUCUCUCUGUCGGAGUUCCUCCGCAAUCACAAAGAAGUCUCGAUUAGCACGCUGGCCGAGGUGCGCCACGCUAAGGCAAGCCGUGGCGUCGCCAUCGCCGACGAAGACGACGUCAUCUUCGUCAAAGAGGAAAAACGGCUCGGCCGCAAGCAGCAGCAACCCCGGCGGACGAAUCCGGAACUAAAAGCCUCGCCACUGGUGAUCGCCAAACCAUCUGCCGAUCGCCAACAGAUCGGUGAUAUCCGGGACAAGCACAUGAUCCGGUUGAUCUCGCGGAAGCUGUGCUGUCGGAUCUGCCAGAACCAGCAACGGCUCGAGCACAUGGACAACUGCCACUACCACAGCAAGACGUCGCUGAUCUUGCAUCACCGCUGGCGCCACGGCUCACGGCCUACUACGUGGGAACGGUGCAAGAUGUGCCAAGCCAACUUCGAUCGUCGGUACAAAUUGGUGUUGCAUCAGCGAUUGCAUCACAGCAGGCGCCAGCACAUGUUGGCGGCGAAGAAAUCGGUGAAAUCGUCCAAGUCCAAGAAGGCGUUGGUACCGCCAGCUGGUUCCAAAAGGAAAGCGACUGCAUCCAGCAAGAAGCAGCAACGGAAGCGGAAGCCGAAGGGCCGAUCCGGCGGUGGCAAAAGUAGCUCCGGCAAGCGACGUAAUAAGUAGAAGACGAACCUCAACUUAGAAAAAAACCAAGCUCAAUCCCCAACUCAACUCCGAAGAAGAGAUAAAAGACAAAAACCCCUGUUCGGCUAAGCCACACAAGGCGUGCAAUCUGUAUUAUUCCUAUCAUAGAUAUGUUUAUUCGUUUUCUACUGACACUUUAAGCUUCGUACAACAGUCACAGUCAAAAAGCGACAAAAAUCGUACAAAAUUUGGAUUGUAUUGUUUUCAAACACAACCAAAAUUACACAAAAAACUAACUUGCCAUUUAUCACCCAUGAUAGCAGUUCAAAACAUAAAAACCAACAAAGUAUAUUAUUUUGUUAGAAAAGUGAUUGCACUACCACCGUUCCGUUUAGAAGAAGCAAACAUUUGUUAAAUUUAUUUUUUUAUGCCAUUAUUUUUAUAUUUUACCAGUCACAAUUAUUUUUAAAAACAAAACAAAAAAUCCCAACCGUUGUGAAAGAUGUGAAUUUUUACAAUACAAAACAAGAAAAACUGAGAAUUGACGUGUCAUAACAGAUGUGUAGCAACAGAGCAACAACAAAAGUCACACAGCAGAGCGAAUCUGAUGAUGAUGAUGAUUAUUAUUAUUAUUAUUAUUAUUGCUAUUAUAUAUUAUUAUAUUGUAACAACAACUGUAACAGAUCAAUGUGAAUUCUUAAUAAAAACAAUCAACCAAAUCGGUGAUUGGUAAAUUGUGGAAAGUGAGAUGAAAAAUUAGUAUUUCUC